AUGCUCCUCGUGGGCCUCGCGGUUGCCGACAAUCAGGAUCGCAAGCGGGACGGCACGGGCAACCAGGACCGCGACAGGAAGCGCGACGGCUCGUGCGCCAAAUCCGGCACGUGCACCGGCAACAAGAACGGCGGCAACCCCGGUGGUCGCGGCGGCAAUGGCGCUGGGAGGGGGAAUCAGGGGAAGAAAGGCACGGGGAUGUGCAACAAAAGCGGCAGCGCGAGUUGCGACGGCAGCGGGCGGAAGAACGCGGUGAUGGCGAGCGCAAAUGCGGUGGCGGCUGCUGACGUGGCGGCAGCUGACGUGGACGUGCAGGCGUGUGACGGGGCGAAGCAGGCGGGGAAGCUGAUGAGCGGAUUGAGAAAGAGCGGAUUCAACAAGUUCGCGGCGGCGCUGCAGCAUACAGGCCUGGCGGCGGAGUUCCCGGAGGUGAUGUGCGGGCAGGGGGGCGGGGUGACGGUGCUGGCCAUCCCCGACGCGCCCAUGGGGCAGCUGCCCCCUUCAGUGCGAGGGGACCCGCUGAUGCUGAGGGAGCAGCUGCUGCUGCACGUCGUCAAGGGCGCCCGCCCCUACUCCCGCAUGCAGGCGCGCGGCAAGAACUACAAGUUUGCCUGUGCGGCGGGGGCGGGGGCAGGGCGGCUGGUGAAGGCGAGCCAGGGCAGCGCGGCGCUGGUGCUGCGAGUGGGCAGGGGGUGGGGGCAGGCAGCAGCCGUGACGCGCCCCGAUGCCUUCCGGUGCACGGGGGGGGCGGUGCACGGAGUGAACUGCGCGCUGGGCUUGGGGCGCAUGGGCAGGCCGGGCAGGCGCGUGCCUCUGGGGCAGUGCCUGCGCAACGGGAGCGACCAGGAUGAUGACUAG